AUGGCUAUACUCGAUAACUGGAAACUCAUUAUACUGUGCAUUCUAGUAGCUGCAUACAAAAACCUACCUUUCGUGUGGUUUAUUCGUUUCCUUCGAGCUCUAAUCACACGACUUUUGAUAACCCCAAUCACACACAAGGAUCUCAGUCCAGAAUGCCUAUUUCUUCCAGCAAUCCACCGCACACGAUCCCCUCUCACAGAAUGUGACUACAACAUCCACAAGUGUAACUCGACCUACUUCACCGAUCUCGACAUCUCCCGCGGCAACCUGAGUCUCCUCCUAUUCAGCCAACGCCUGUCAUUCCGCCCUACCCCAACCACCGCAGUCAUGAUCCUGAGCGGAGUGCAAAUCGUCUUCCGCAGAGAGAUUAAGCCCUACCAAGCGUACGAAGUCUGGUCCCGGGUCCUCAGCUGGGACGAGAAAUGGAUUUACAUUGUGUCGCAUUUUGUUAAGAGAGGCGCGUUUCCCCAUCGCAGGUUUCUGCUGCAGCCGAAUACACCCGGAGAUCGUACCCGGCCGAAGGUUGGUAGUGAUCAGUCGCCGGAGAAACAGGUGUUUGCGUCCGCUGUGUCCCGGUAUGUUUUUAAGCAGGGCCGGAAGACUUUCCCGCCGGAGCAGAUGCUGGUCGAAUGUGGUCUUCUGCCUUCUAAGGAUAUGGAUAAGGGACUGGCUAUGUGGAGCCUAAUUGAGGAGCGGAGGAAGCGGGAUCUGGAAGCUGCACAGUUGAAGGUUGGGUGGGAUGCCGUGCAUAAUACUUUUGAUGGGGAUGCUACUAAAGUGCUGGGUCGGUAUACUGAUCUCUUGUGGCGAUGA